AUGUGUACGCAAACAAACAGUGAAGUUUUUAGCAAUUUAGCAUUAUCCUUUUUGCUGGCGAGAUGUCAUCAGUAUUAAGACACUGUACCAAAUUCAGUCCCUCUGGUGGGGUUGUGUCACUGCUGUCUGGAAACUGUAGUCAUGGGAGGACCUGUGCUCUACAAUACUUAUCUUCAAACAAAUAUUCAUCAUCCUCAAAAAUUAAAGUGGACCUGGAUAGUAGUAAUGGUGUUGCUAUAAUGCAGUUCAAAAGUCCUCCAGUCAACAGUCUGAGUCUUGACUUUUUGACUGAGUUUGCUAUUAAUUUAGAAAAACUUGAACUGGACAGAGGCUGCAGAGGUGUGAUCAUAACAUCUGCCCAGCCGAAGGUGUUUUCUGCAGGCCUAGAUAUUUUGGAAAUGUAUCAGAAGAGCCCAGAGCACUGCGCAGAAUUUUGGAAGGCUGUACAGGACGCGUGGCUAAAGCUUUAUGGGUCCACCAAGGUCACAAUCGCUGCAAUCAAUGGCGCCAGUCCUGCAGGUGGCUGCUUGUUAGCUAUGUGUUGUGACUACAGGAUCAUGGCUGAUAACCCUCGCUAUAACAUUGGUCUCAAUGAAACACAACUUGGUAUAGUUGCACCUUUUUGGUUUAAGGACACCAUGACAAAUGUUGUGGGCCAUAGAGAAACUGAGAAGGGUCUUCAGCUCGGUUUGCUGUACAAUACUCCUGAAGCCCUGAAGAUCGGUUUGGUGGACGAGCUUGUUCCUGAAGAUAAAGUUCUCAGCGCAGCUACUGAGACCAUUACUAAAUGGUUGGCUAUCCCAGAUCAUGCCCGUCAGAUAAGUAAGUCUAUGAUGAGAAAGCCCACCAUAGACAAACUUCUUGGGAACAGAGACGCCGACACCACAAACUUCGUCAGUUUCAUCACCAAAGACUCCAUCCAGAAAUCUCUUGGGAUGUACAUGGAGAUGCUGAAGAGGAAGAGGUCUUGAUGACCUGAACACGUGCCUGUUGUUGACAUUGUCUUUAUGUAGCGUGCAUCAAUGUCACUGUAAAUCACUUUGUCCUCUCUUUUCUUACUAGAGGAUAAAUUUGUUUGUAAAUAAAAUCAUAUAAAACUAAAA